UUCCUCGUUGAUUCGCUUGUACGGUUGGAGAGUUGCCCCUACCCAAACCAGUGUCCAGUUAUGUUGCUGUGGCCAACGCCGAUGGCUAAGACUUGCACUCUAUGUACCAGCACGCGUCACCAAGACAUUACAAACUCAUAAUCAGUGAACGUACCACUAAAACUGUUGAAAAUUUUCAGUGAAACGAUGUGGACGAGUGAUUUCACUGAGUGUAGAAAAUAUCAAUGAGAUAUUCUCUCAUUUAUUCAUUAAUCCAAUACCACCGAUAUCACUGAUACCACCCUGGAAUUCCAACGAGAGCUGUUUACGUCGGUAAUUAUUCUCCCUGGAAUCUGAAACCAAGUGAUGAUAGUGCUGCUGUUUGAUAAAAUACCAGAUGACUUGUUGUUAUGAGUAAUUCGUGAAAGCCACAAGUUACGGAAAAUGGUCUCCCAUACCAAUUGAGCGAGCAUUCUGUGAAAAUUGCUCUUCUGUGCUUCAGUUCAGCUGAAACCUGUUGGAGAUUCUGGAUAAUUUAGGAAUUGCCAUGUAGAAAUCAACGAGGAAUCUGAGAUGAUUGGCUCAUUCGAGUAAGUUUGAAUACCUCAGAGAGAUUCAAUCUACCGGGAGGAAAAAAAAAAAAGACUGAACAGAUCUGCGAGAAACCAAAACCCGAGAUGAAGACAAUGGGUGAUGUUGUGGCUGCUCCAGUCGAGGAGGAAUUGGUUGAAGACAACAAUCACAGCAGCUCCGGUGGGAAAGAGCUGGGGCACAGAACCCUCAAGUCCCUGAAGAGGGGACUUGGAAAAUUAUGGAGAAGACACAGGGGCAAUGCCUCGAUAACCGAAUACGAUCCUUGCUACAAGGUUGCCUAUCUUGGAAAUGUACUCACAGGAUGGGCCAAAGGUGAUGGGUGUGUGGAGAAGCCAGUAUCAACCUUGUGGCGUAAUUACGUGAGCAGCAAUAGGCCGGACGUGACGAUGAGACUGACGGUGACGAAUGGUGGAUUGACGGCCACAACCAAGGACCACGGUCUCACCGAGUACUGGGCACAUCGUGUAACAUAUUGUACAGCACCAGUAUCCCAUCCACGUUUAUUCGUCUGGGUAUAUCGACACGAGGGUCGUAGACUCAGGCCAGAAUUGAGAUGUCACGCUGCCCUAUGCUCAAAGGAAUCCACAGCAAGAAGACUUGCUUCAACCUUGAAUGCUAGAUUACAACAGGCAUUACUUGAAUUCCGCAGGGACAAAGUUUCAAGGCAAAAUGCCAGACUCUCUCUUGCGAAUGCGGUGUACGAGAAUCCAUCGCUUCCAAGGAGAAAAAUAUUGCUCAGUACUGGGGGUCAGAAUUACAGGCCACCAUUGGAGAGAUCCAAGAGUGCACCAAAAUUAUCAGCCAUCGAGGAAGAUGCUGCUGCUGAGGAGAUCGAGCAGAAACGAUUGCUCGAGGAGCUGAGGUCACUUGAGAAUGUAGCACGGAGUUGGCAGGAUCAGGACGGUUGGAGAUUGGCUCGUCUUGUUGAUGCGUUGAAUCGCGCCGGCGCCUCGAGCGAAUACUUGGACGAGAAUGGAAGUAUCUCGAGCGGAUGUGAAACAGCAAGUACAUCGAACAGCGAAGAGAGAGCAUCGGGGGCUGAUGAUAAUCAGCCAGCAGUCGAUGAUGCCAGAACUGGCAGGCGUGUUUUAUUCGCUGGUGAUGUCGUCAGGGCGACUUCCGGCCCCAGAAGAAAUUCCGAGGGCUCGCCGAACUUCAUGACGUGCGCUGGAAGCCCACGAUUUCAUUGUCUCCGGGGGCCGAGGAACAGGUACUCCUCGUGCAGGAGUGAAAUUCAUGAGACCGAGGAGGAUAUCGAACAGCAGGCCAUUGAAUCUUCCCAUGUCUUCGAUUUUGAAGACGCUGAAGUAUUCGAUGAGGUGGUUGACUACCGGCCCCACGGUGAGAGUCCAUCGAGACUAGAAAAUCCCGGGAGAAGACGAAUGGAUGUAAAAGGCGAGAAAUACCCAACAAGAAUGGAUCAAGGAGAUGAAUUGCUGGAGGGUGAGGAGUCCUUCCUGACGCUGGAUUCCCUGGACGAAGAGGAAGCAGACAGCGACGAGAGUGGCUACGUCGAGGCACCCCCAAAUUCUCUGCUCGACAGAGAAGCCAAGAAAAGCCCAGAUCCCGACGGAACUGAUCCUCAAAAGAUCAACCAGGAAUCACCAGGUGUCGAGGACACCAAGGAAGCUCAAGAGUCCGAGAACACUCUCAAUCCCCAGAGGUGCCUCAAGGAUCGUGAAAAAGUGGAUUUCAUAAAAUGUCCGAUAUCAGAAACGAUAAAGAAACUUGCGAAUGCCUCACUGAGGAGCUCAAAAUCUCUUGAGAUAUCAACGAAUUCGUGCCUGAAGGCUCUCAACACUCUCAAGAAUUCAAAAUCAUUCGAUGAUACCAGAGCCACAGGCAUCGAUUACGAUGGAGAAUCACCGAGUUUACACCAGAGGAAGCAAUUGCUGGCACAGCAGGGAGUCAGAGUUUGAUUUUAUUGAGAAAUAAUCGAGUGAAUUAAUUAACGAGUAUCUGGAAUAUAUCUGAUCUUACGGUGUGAGCCCUCGAGGGAGAACUAGUCCGCUUCGAUAUCAGUAAAGCAAAACUGAAAUAACUUGAAAUAAAAAUUUUCCUUUGUAUCAGUUUAUCUCGAAAUCUAUCGACUUAAAGUGAAAACACUCAAGGACUUUUUUGGGGAUGAUUAAAUGGUCGACGAAAAAGGUCUUUUCAUGUUUUUGUCUGGAGUCGAUAGUUUUUUCAAUAUAUCGGUAUUUAAUCAAGCUGGAAAAUUUGAUUUGUCUCAGUUUAACUUUUCGCUGCUGAUAUACAUAUGUCGACUCGGUAAAAUAAGAUUUUUCUUUUAAAUAGAGUAUAGAAGGACCAUUGUGCAUUGAUGUCGUAUGACUUCCAUCGAUAUCCAUGUUUGUUUAAUCGAUAGGAAGGAAUAGAAACGGCAUUUUCCAUUGUUGUGGAGUAUACUAGGCCAAAGUGUUUGGCAACUAUAUAUUUAUCGGUAAGAAGGAAUUAUAAUUAUUUUUUUUUAUAAUUGACGGAAAAAGGGGAAUUUGUGAUGUUAUUUAGAUGAACACUCGUUUUACGUGUCUUAUGUAGACAACCAAUGUGUACGAAAUAUAUUAAGCAAUUUAAAAUUACAGAAAAUUAAAUAUUUCGUUAAUCUUCAAUAAAAAAGGCUCUCUGAAAUUGAUAUAGAUGUGAAUAAAUUUGUUGUUAAAAAUAAUCGACGUUAAAUUGAGAGAUCAAUUAAAUAAUCUCCAACCGUGCACAUUGAAUCGCCAUUUUUCUGCGAGAAUGAGUAAUUAGUAUGUAAAAAAAUUCGAAUGUCGAUCGUGAAAAUUUCGAGGAAUAUAUUUUUGUUUUUGAGUGAAAAAUGAGUGAUUAAAUUUCGUGGAUUCUCCUGAGUUGAAUCUGAAAUACUUGUACUGCAAUAGACCAGAUCAGAAUUAUACUAGAAAUAUUUUAUGUUAA